CCUUUGCUAACUGGGAAGAAGAACUUCCACUUCCCCUAGCUUUGAUAGAAAACAAAGAAAGAAAACCGAGAAGCUCUCACCAUGGCAACCAAUGGGUACUCCAAUGGCGGCAGCACCAAGGGAAAGCCCAUCAAGUGCAAAGCGGCGGUGGCGUGGGGUCCCGGCGAGCCGCUGGUGAUGCAGGAGGUGGAGGUGGCGCCGCCGGCGCGCAUGGAGGUGCGCGUCAAGGUCCUCUACACUUCCAUCUGCCACACGGACCUCAGCUUCUGGAGAGGAGAGAACGAGCGUCAACGCAGGUUCCCUCGCAUCUUUGGACACGAGGCAGCCGGAGUGGUGGAGAGCGUCGGAGAAGGCGUGGAGGACCUCGCGCCAGGAGAUCACGUCGUGCCUAUCUUCAACGGGGAGUGCGGGACGUGCGCCUACUGCCACUCCAGCGCGACCAACCUGUGCGGGACCUACCGUGUGGACGCUUUCAAGAGCACCAUGGUUUCCGACAACGGGACGAGGUUCUCCGUGGUGAACACCUCCGGUGACACAGUGCCGGUCUAUCACUUCCUCAACACCUCCACCUUCGCCGAGUACACCGUGCUCGACGCCGCCUGCGCCGUCAAGAUCAACCCCGCCGCCCCGCUGGAGAAGAUGUGCCUCCUCAGCUGUGGCAUCUCCACAGGAGUGGGAGCUGCAUGGAACACUGCAAACGUGUCCAAGGGCUCCACCGUAGCAAUAUUCGGACUUGGUGCUGUUGGUCUUGCGGUUGGCGAAGGAGCAAGAAUAAGAGGGGCAUCUCAGAUCAUCGGCGUGGACAUCAACCCUGAAAAGUUUGCCAAAGGCAAAGAGAUGGGCAUCACGGAUUUCGUCAACUCGAAGGCGUGCGGCAAGCCCGUCCACGAGGUGAUCAGGGAGUUGACGGAUGGGGGCGUCGACUACAGCUUCGAGUGCAGUGGCAACGUUGAUGUGCUUCGAGAGGCCUUCGUUUCUACACACGACGGUUGGGGACUGACCGUGGUGCUGGGGAUCCAUCCGACGCCCCGGAUGAUGCCGCUCCAUCCCAUGGAGCUCUUUGAUGGCCGUCGGAUCACCGGGUGCACCUUUGGUGACUUCAAGGGCAAGUCGCAGCUUCCCCUCCUCGUCGACCAGUGCAUGCAGGGGGAGGUGAAGAUAAACUUUGAUGGCUUCAUAACCCAUGAGAUGCCAUUCUCGGAGAUCAAUGAGGCUUUCCGGCUGCUGGAGGAAGGCAAGUCCCUCAGGUGUGUGCUACGUCUGUGAUGAGGCGCACAAGGAAUUGCAAGUGUGUGUUGACGAGAUACACCGUUGUUGUUAAUACCAUUUACUGUACAUCUUGUAUAAUUAAAUCGAAGGUUAUAUUUCACUCAAAAUGAAGACGACUAUGUUGGGUUCGCCUGGGUGUCACUGGACCGAGAGCUCUUUAAUCUCGGUUGAUCCACCUGCCGCUUCUGUGCUCUCCGUUUUUUGGCUUUGUUUGUGUUGCGCCAGUUUGUGUAAUUAUAUCAGAAUUCAUCUU